AUGUCUGAAGUCCUUGAGCGGCUUCAGCGCUGCGGCCGGGCAGCUCCUGUGCCCUGUGCGGCGGGCGAGCUGGCGGAGCAGGUGGUGGCGCGGGUGUGGCUGGGGGAUUACGCAUCGGUGCUGGCACUCUUGGAAUCAGUUCUGGAGGAACCAUUCGAAGAGCCUUGGGGCGCCCUCCGCACGGCGCUGCGGCAGCUGCUGGCGCAGCUCCCCACCGCCGAGAAGAAAUCUGUUGCCUGGGUGCCAAGACGCUUGACAGAGGCUGCAGCGCGCAGUUCUCUGUCGUUGGGCGCGAAUGUACAGUGCGCGACCGGAACUUUACGAGUGUCUGAUGGCACAGACUUGAGCUAUGUGGCUUGCCUAUAUCGCCUAUGUGUCCCUGGCAGUGAGGGAGGCGUUGCUCGACCGCCAUGUGGACGAAUGAUUAUCUGA